AUGUCCACUUAUGCGCUUCCGGAGCUGGACUUCCAGUUCUGCCUACUGCUCUCGUUCAUCACAGCUGUUCUGGUGCCGUGCUUCCGUCGCGGCUCAGUAGAGCGCUCCGGAAUGCUUGCUUUGCAGGUCUAUUUCACCGUACAAGCGUACCUCGCGCCGGUCAAGCCCACGGGAAACCUCGUCAUGAGCUAUCAAUCUGGAUUACUGCUCGGAAACCUGACGUUGCGCUACCUCGAUCGUCUUUAUCUUCACGUGCCCGAAGACGAAUUUCGACGUACUCAUGAGAAUGGCGUAGAAGAAAGGCCCGAAACACUAUCAAUGGGCCAGAAGCUAGGGUGGAGCGCCGAGUUGCUCUUGAUCACGCGCGGCGUCGGCUGGAACUGGCGCGUGAAAGGCACACCGAAGGCCACGAGCCGCAGACGUACGGCUUUCGUCCUUGAUCGGUUGCUGCGAUGGGUUGCCAUUUACGGGGGCAUAUUUCUUGCCGAGCGCGUCUGCGAAGGUAUCCUGAGCGAGUGGGCGCAGCUGCCGGAGGGUUUGAUCAAGAGCGGUCUUCUAGCAGUGACGCAAAGCAGCAUGUUCUUAUAUGUCUGGAUCGUGUUGGUCAUGGGUUUGACCAUCUACACGCACUUUGCCAUGCUCGUACUGCCGCUAGCGCUGCUGUGCGUUGGCUGCGGCAUCGGACCGGUCCGCUGGCGACAACCGGACGCCUGGCCAGCCACGUUCGGCUCGCUGGCUGAAGCUUACAGCCUGCGCCGGUUUUGGAGCCACUGUUGGCACCAACAAGUCCGCCGCAUCCUCGCGGUCCCCCCAAUGUUUGUGCUUUCCAGCCUCCCUAAUUCGUGGCGCACAUCAUCCCGGUUGCCCGCUCGUCUAUUUCGCCGCUAUUCGAGCCUUCUUUUAGCCUUCUUGUUGUCCGGUGCGUUUCACAAUGUCGGUCACUGGACGGUUCUGCGAGAGCGCCGCGGCUUGGGUGACAAUGGUGCGCAAAUUAGCGUCGCCGGAGAGAUGCCGUUCUUCGCAGCACAGGCGGCCGGAAUCAUGCUUGAGGAUCUGGUAUAUCACGUUGUGGAUCUGGUAUAUCACGUUUUGGGUAUGGAUAGCCGUCGGAAAACGCUCCUUGGUUACAUGGUCACAGCGGGCUGGUACGGGUGGACAAGGGUGCAGUUCAAGAUGAUGCCCAUAGCAGCCACAUUCGGCAUUAGCGACGAGCGUGGGCCGCUCUUUGAAGUAGUGGAGCUGCUACGGCUCGGUCUGGUGGCCAUCCCUGGCAACUUUGUGAAAAUGGGCAUCGGACGGUGGAUGUAG